GAAAUUCUAGCCCGAGACAAAGUGUGGAUUUGAUUUAUAAUGUUGGAGGUUGUCGUGGAGAGAGGAGCUCCCCGUCCCUUCCCCUAGGUCCAGUCUAGUUUACCCCCAUUAGUAAAUCCCUCACCUCACCUCAGUAGCACUGGCCGUUACCCCAAGACCAACUGGCCUGUUUCUGCGGAUACUGCGAGGCGUUGAGUGAGAGUGAUUAUCUGAAUGGUGACGGCGUGAGGACAGUCCACCAUGCAGUUGUUCACGUCACUGAUGCUGGCCAUGCUUGCUCAGGUCGUCCACGGUCAGCGUAGUAGGGAGAGAGUCAGACCAGUGCCUGACGCACGACUUGAAGAAGCGUUCGCAACGAGUAACGAAAUAUUCUUCGCUGGACAGUUCAGUGCCCCUCGUGACACCAGACGUAGCCUCGUUCUGGCUAGAAUCCAGAGUCCUCAGCUCCAAACACUGUUUGAGGUGUCGGUUGGGUUUACUCAACCACAAGUGGUCGUGCGUCUCCGCACACGUGACAGGCGGGAAUACCAGUUGACCUUCCCGACGCGUGCCCUACACCAGAAUGACCGGAAGCGCUUCAUCCUCCAUUUUACAGAGAUGGAUAAACCUAGCAAUGGUAUUCGACUGUUCGUGGACUGUCAAAACAUCGGCCUGGAUACAACCGAGAUCCCCAUCCGGAGUUUACUCAGGGGGAACCUCAAUGUUAGACGGACCCCGAACUUUAAGUUCUACUCUCGGACGUCGUUGGACAGCAUGUUGUUGUCUCAGGGCUGUGGCAGGAACGCAUACAACAUCCCCACGACGACAGAGGCCCCCAAACUGGAGGUUCCGGCGUGGGCAGAGGAGAGGUUCAGCCCUGAGAGGAAUGUUCCUGCUGAACGAUCGACACCCUCACCUGACACGUCAAGACAGCAACCAGAUGCGUCUAGAGGUCGACAGCCAGAUCCUUCCAGAGGCCGACAACCAGACACCUCCACGAACCGCCAGCCUGAUUCUGCGACAGGCCAGCAGCCUCAGCAACCUAGGGGACGACAAAAGCCCCAACAGAAAGGAGGGUACAUCAAUGUGGAUGAUCUUACUAACAGGAUUAACCCUACAGGACCAGGAGCAGACCCUUCCGUACAGAUGAUACAGGCGAUGUUGGAAUUGACGCGGACGGUGCAGGAACUUCAGCGUCAGAUGCAGAACCAGGAACGUGAGACACGCGCUUUGAGAGAGGUGCUUGCUGGUUGUGCAAUGUGUAGAGGAGCGAAUGAUCAACCCUCGCCCUUGAACGUAAGACGAUGCUCGUCCAGUCCAUGUUUCGAGGGUGUCAGGUGCGUUGAUACGGAGACCGGCUUCCGGUGUGGUGCCUGUCCGCGUGGUUACCAUGGAGAUGGAGUGACAUGCACGCGUCAUACCUCGUGUGCAGACAGCCCUUGUUAUCCAGGAGUCCGGUGUGUGGACGGGGAGCGAGGCUUCCGCUGCGGAUCCUGUCCCCCCGGGCUGACCGGUGACGGGUCACGACGAGGAUGCCAACCCAUCAAGGUCACGUGUGCAGCAAGACCAUGCUUCCCGGGCGUGACCUGUGAAGAUAGGGCCAGCGGCUACGUGUGCGGCCCCUGCCCCACAGGCUACUCCGGGAACGGCACCGUGUGCGAGGACAUCGACGAGUGUCGAUACAGCCGCCCAUGUGAUGACUUGGCCAUGUGUGAAAACCUGUCCCCCGGGUUCACGUGCUCAGCUUGUCCCCCGGGCUUCACUAGUCCAGAGAUUCAGGGGGUGGGGAUCGCGGCCGCUCAGCGUCAGAAGCAGGUGUGUACGGACAUCAACGAGUGCGAGGACGGUAACGGCGGCUGCGUCCCCAAUUCCGUCUGUAUCAACACUCCGGGUUCAAGGGUAUGCGGCGAGUGUCUACCAGGGUUUAUAGGGAACCAGACUGUGGGAUGCCGGGAGGGCGGCCUUCUGUGUCCUGACGGGAGUACGAGGUGCCACGGCAACGCCAAGUGCGUCCGACGACCAGGACAGGAGGGCUACUUCUGCCAGUGUAAGGUCGGCUACGCCGGGGACGGCAAGCUGUGUUUCCGCGACACCGACUUGGACGGCAUCCCGGACGAGGACCUGCCCUGUAGUCACCGACGGUGUAGGAAGGACAACUGUAUCGAUGUGCCAAACAGCGGUCAGGAGGACGCCGAUGGAGACGGCAUUGGCAACUCCUGCGAUGAGGACAUGGACAACGACGGUAUCAUCAACAAUCCGGAUAACUGCCCCUUGGUAGCCAACCCUGACCAGAGUGAUUCAGAACGUGACCCGGACAAGAGAGGGGACGCUUGUGACAACUGCCCCACUAUCCCCAACCCUGACCAGACGGACACCGACACAGACGGCAUGGGAGACAACUGUGAUCCGGACAUCGACAACGACGGUAUUCUUAACGAAGACGAUAAUUGUGUACGUGUUAAAAACGUGGACCAGGCUGAUAUCGACAGCGAUGGAGUUGGCGACGCUUGUGAUAACUGUCCGAACAUCAAAAACAAGAAUCAGUUCGAUAGUGACAACGACCUUGUGGGAGACGUGUGCGACACCAACAAUGAUGACGACCGUGACGGCAUACAAAACAACAAGGACAACUGCGUGGCCGAGCCUAACGCUGACCAGGUGGAUGCUGAUAAGGAUGGUCAAGGUGAUGCCUGUGACAGCGACGACGACAACGACAAGAUUCCCGACCCCGUGGACAACUGUCCCUUAGUGCCCAACCCUGACCAGUUGGAUUCGGACAGGGACGGCAAGGGUGACGUUUGCCAGGACGACAACGACGGCGAUGGUCAACCGGAUCAGCUGGACGUGUGCCCCGACAACGGGGACAUCUACGCCACCGACUUCAGGGCAUACCAGACAGUGAUCCUUGAUCCCGAGGGAGACUCGCAGAUUGAUCCUAACUGGAUCAUUCUUAACCAGGGUGCUGAGAUUGUGCAGACAAUGAACAGCGAUCCGGGCGUGGCCGUCAGUUUCAACGCCUUCAGCGGAGUGGACUUCAGCGGCACGUUCUUCGUGAACACCGAGGUGGACGACGACUAUGCCGGCUUCAUCUUCAGCUACCAGGACAGCUCCAGCUUCUACGUUGUGAUGUGGAAGAAGAACACCCAGACGUACUGGCAUCCCACCCCUUUCAGGGCCAAGGCCGAGCCGGGCAUCCAGCUGAAGCUGGUCAAGUCGGUGUCCGGCCCAGGCGAGGUGUUGAGGAACUCGCUGUGGCACACAGGCAAUACUAAAGGACAGGUGAAGUUGUUAUGGAAGGAUGAGCGGAACGUCGGCUGGCAGGACAAGACGGCCUACCGAUGGGAGCUGAUCCAUAGGCCCCACAUAGGCCUAAUCAGGGUGCUGCUGUUCAAGGAGACGGAACUGGUGGCUGACUCUGGCAACGUGUACGACACAACGCUGAAGGGGGGACGUCUCGGUGUUUUCUGCUUCUCACAGGAAAUGGUCAUCUGGUCUGACCUGGUCUACAGAUGUAACGAAUUUAUCCCCCCUGGGCUUCUGGAGGAUGAGGAUGAAGAGUAUGAAUACUAUGAAUAGGUGUCACAUGAUCUUGAUCACGUGUGAAUAUAUUAACUGUAGACAGAUUGUCACAUCAAAGUUAUAUUAAUAUUCAACCACCAUGGAGAAAUAUGUGCUUUCUCAACUGUUCUUACAUUUGAAGUAUUGUCCCUCCCUACGCGACCCCGAUAAAGAUGAAACUGCAGUCGGCCAUUUUAAGAGAUGGAGAUAUGGAAUGUACAUACAUUUUCCUCAUAUAUUGAAAUGUAAUUUCAUUAAGAAGAAGCAGUUAUUGUGAUUUUUAUUCAACAUUCACAACAGGUUAUAUUUUUAUGAUUCAUAUCCAUGUAAAUUUUUAUAUUUUUGUUUUUGUACAUAAAACAUAGGUAGAGUAAAGAGAUCGAUCUCAAA